GUGGUGCUGGUCGGACGUUUUAGUGGGAAUGACCGCGCUCAGCGUUCUGGAAGGAGCCCCUGCUGCUGCUGCUGCUGCUGCUUGCUAAAAGAGACAGCCAUGGGUCGCCGCUAUAAAGUUUAUCGGCCAAUUGCUGCUAUGGCUAAGAAGAUCCGUGAGUAUCGGGCCCUGAAGAAUCGUCCUCGGGACUCCCAGCGCUAUGCCCUGGACUACGAGACGAUGACCCGUCCCUUCACAGGCAAACGGCUGCCUGUCUUGGCCUGGGAAGAUGUGAGGAAUGAGGAACGGCUUUUUAGCCUCUUGAGCCAAUUGCACCACUUUGGCGUCGGGCGCAUGGUCACACGUAAAUCCUGGCUGUGGAAGUAUGAUGAGCCUUGUUACUGGACCAUUACCAAAGUGAAGGUAGAUUAUACAGCCGAGAAUAUGGAUCAUGGAAAAGCCUGGGGAUACUUGACAUUCAGAGGCAAGACAGAAAAAGAAGUAAAAGAAAUCAGCAAGGUUAUGUAUCAUGAUUGGCGCAUGGUACCAAAACACGAGGAGGAGGCCUUUAAGAAAUUUACACCAGUGGUGGUGGAAACCAUUCGUUAUGUCCUUUAUCCACCAUUGCUACGGGCCAUGAUACUGGCACAGAAGCAGAAAGAAGGUAAAUUGAGUACAGAAGAGCCCAUGAUUGAUCUAAUGCGACGGCGUUCCUUCCUAAAGGAUCACUUCAAAAAUACUAAGCAGCAAACUGAAGGGACACCAGUUUGAAGAUCUUAAGACUGUGUGCUUGUUUUCUUUGUUCAAAAAAGCGACCCUUGGAAGGUAGUUCAGUAUGUUUCACAGAGAAUAUAUUAUGAUAAACGUGAGUUCAGAAAGAUGUUAAUAAAUAUUUUAAAGAUCCUCACUUGUCUAGACCCGUACCUGUGGCACCUAAGCAUUUUUGCUUCAAUCUAUGACCAGGGCUUGCCACUAGACAUCAGCAAUAAUGACAUUUCAAGGUCCUUAGGUUUGUUUAGUGUAAUGAUCAGCAGUUGGUUGCAAAUCAGUUUGGUCUGCAUUUAAUGUGUUUUUUUAAAGUUUCAUCUUCAAAUAUAUCUGCCAAGAGAAUUACUUUUGUGCCCAUUAUUGGCAACUGUUUCUUGUAUUUAUUUUAUUCUAUUUUUGAGAAUGUUGAGCAAAAACGUCUGGUCUUCAGAGAGAUUUUAUUGACUGUCUCUGUUUUUCUAGUACUUUCAACUAGUUUGGAUAAACCAAUCCUAGUUUCUUAAACCGUGGAACUUUGGAAACUACUGUUUUCAUUGUUCAGCCUAUGCAGUGUGUUGCUUAUGUAUCCAAACUGAUAUUGUCUUCUCAGGAAGGAACUACAGUUGGCCCUUCUUAUACAUGGAUUUUUUAAUAGACAGAUUCAAGCAUCCAUGGUUUAAAAAUGUUAAAAAAAAGUAUAAAUUUCAAAUAUCCACCCUUGAUUUUCCAUUUUUAUAAGGGAUACCAUUUUGCUCUUUCAUUAUAUUUAAUGGGACUUGAGCAUCCAUGGAUUUUGUUAUCCACGAAGGAUCUUGGAACCAAACCCCAGCGUAUAACAAGGGUCCACUGUAUAGUACACUGGGGAACCCCAAGGUUUUUGGAAGUUAACAAACAUCUGUAGGAACAAGAACUUUUAUGUUGCACAGGAAUGAAGGUGAAGAGGAUCUGUAUAAGUCUAAAAAGUUUAAUUAAAAAUGGACCAAAAAACUUGGGUCAACUUAUCCACCAGUUAGCGUAAGUACUGUUCUUGAACUCUUAUCGAAAAGGAAUCAUCCCAAAAGGAGAGAACUUAGUUGGUCCUGGGAGCACCUGAAAGAAACACCAACCCUCUCUCUGCUGUGAUGCAGUUUCUUACCUACAGGGAAGUUUCUUACCUGUGCAGGGAAAUGAGGUUAGUGGCAGCUCUUUGGCGCUUCCCUUCAAAGAAGCUCCAAAAGGAAUCGGGUUUAGAAGGAUUUGAAUAAGACAUUUCUUAAUGUUUGCCAGUUUUUCUGGAUUAAAGGCUACAAUAAUUGCUAACACA